GACAGAAGAAGCCAGAGAUAAAAGCAGAAAAUGUUGUGACAGAGUCCUGACCUGAGGACCUCACUGGUCAGACAGAGCGGGUGUGCUCAGCUUACCUUUUACUUAACCUUCUCCGUGGCUUUUUGUGUUUUUCCUGCGCUUGUCACACUGCUGGGAACAUGUCGUCUGUCUCUAUACCCCCACCAAAAUGCCUGCUGAAAUCGUUAGUGGUCCCUUAUCGUCACAUGUUUGGACCAGGACCUUCCAAUGUUCCUUUACGAAUCUUGGAGGCCGGGGCCAAUCCUGUCAUUGGACACAUGCAUCCAGAGAUAUUUAAGAUAAUGAGUGACAUCAAAAGUGGAAUCCAGUACAUGUUCCAGACUCAGAACAACAUGACUUUAGCAGUGAGCGGCACUGGCCACAGUGCUAUGGAGUGUGCCAUCUUCAACGCAGUGGAGCCCGGGGAGAGCGUACUGACUGCAGUCAACGGCAUAUGGGGAGAGCGAGCAGCAGAAAUGACUGAGAGGAUAGGUGCCAGAGUAAAUACCAUUGUGACGCCCCCUGGUGGUUUCUUCACUAAUGCAGAAAUUGAGCAGGCCUUAUCGAAACACAGGCCAGUGCUGUUCUUCCUUGCACAUGGAGAAUCUUCUACAGGAGUCUUGCAUCCUUUAGAAGGCAUCGGACAACUGUGCCAUAAGUAUAACUGCUUGUUUCUUGUUGACUCUGUGGCAUCAUGUGGAGGGACCCCUCUGUACAUGGACCAGCUAGAGAUAGACAUCCUAUACACGGGCUCCCAAAAGGUUUUGAAUGCUCCUCCGGGUACAGCACCCAUCUCCUUCAGUGAGAGAGCAUGCCAGAAAAUAUUAAACCGGAGGACAAAGCCUGUGUCAUUCUUCUUGGAUCUGAGUUGGCUUGCAAACUACUGGGGAUGUGAUGGCAAGCUGUCAAGAGUAUAUCACCACACAGGUCCAGUCACUGCUUUUUACUCUCUGAGGGAGAGUCUGGCUGUCCUUGUUGAAGAGGGUCUGCAGAAUUCAUGGGAAAGACACCAAGAAGUGGCUGAGUAUUUCCACGCUGGCCUAGAGAGCAUGGGUCUCAAACUUUUUGUCAAACCAAAAGAAGCAAGACUCCCUACGGUUACCACUAUUGUUGCUCCUCAUGGAUAUGACUGGAAAGAGAUCACAGCCUACAUCAUGAAAACACAUAAUUUAGAGAUUUCUGGAGGGCUCGGACCAUCAGUUGGCUUGGUGUUGCGUGUGGGGCUGAUGGGAUGUAACAGCAGCAAGGCCAAUGUUGACAUGGUGUUAGCAGCACUGAAAGAUGCUCUGAAACACUGCCACAAGAGCAAAGUGUAACAUGUUGCUGUUGGAUGCUGUAAAGAUAAUCAAGAAGGAGAAUGUAAUAAAUAAACCAUUAUUCUCAGUAGUUGUCUUGUGCAGCUCAAUCAUUAGUUGAAUGGGAACAGUGGACUUGUCUGCAUAACAGUACCUUUAGUCAGCAGCCGUCUGUGAUCUAAUAAGUUACCUAUUAUUUUCAGUCUAAUAAAAACGUACAGUAAGAAAUAAUUUGACAUGAUGUAUUCCACUCUUAAUGGUAUAUUAGAUACAUUUAACACAAACCAUAUCCUACCCACUUUCCUAGCAAAUUGUAUAUUUACAUCAAUGGGUUUUCUCAUGGUGGGCUUCUUUCAUCAUUCUUACAAAUACCUCAAACUGUUCCUGUUGUUUUCUGUCCAU